AAAUAGCACUCAAUAAUAGAUGUUUCAGACUGAACAGAUUAUGUGCGUAUUAUCUUCCGAUUUAAUAUUCCUUGUCCUUUUCACGCACUGGGCUAGUUUAGAAUUAUAGUUCGAUGGAAGGAAUCUGGAAUCAGACUUUAUAGCCAUACUAGAGAAAGCGAAACAUGUAUUUCUCACCGCGCGUAACAUUAAUGUGCUUAUUGCUGAUUGUCCAACACACUGCUAUGGCAGCUGCAUGGAACGAUACAUAUGAAUUUGGAAACGACUGUCCCAUCCUUACUAAAGAUCUUACGGAGUAUGACGAAAUCUAUGUUGAAUACAAUGGAAAAGAUGUUUCUUCCAGUUGCAAUAAAUUCAAAUUUAGAGGGAGAGGAGAGAAGAGUUUAGAUGAGUAUUCAAUAUGCGUAACUCCUCUCUAUUUCAACGACAGAACCUGUGCAGUCGAAGUAGACAUUAUGACAUCAUUCAGUGCAGAAGCUACAGAAAAAAUUACUUGCACCGACAUCAAAAGAUACAAGUAUUGUGGUCUCCCAGAUGACACACUUAGCAUAGUGUUCAAGAGUACCCAUGGCAGAUCAGCAGAUGAUGCCAGUUUUAUGCUUCUGGUAACGGCUACAAAAGGACGGGACGAGAUGAUGGGUGCCGGUUUUUUAUUUGUUCCUUUGAUGAUACUUGUGGUUGGUGGACUUUUUGCGAUGAUUUCCAGCACUUCUAAACUCUAUCUGUGUGUAUGUAGACGGAACCAGUUGAUUGGCAGACUAGUUGUACUGGAACCAGGAAACCGGAUUCCAGGGACCGGAUAUGUGCUCUUUUCAGGUCCACCAGAUCUGAGCAAGAUGACAACAACUGACCUCGUUUCCCCGCAAGGUGUGUAUCACGUGUCAUUGAACCCACAGCCGGAGCAAUACACAGAUACACUGCCAGCAGCAAACCAGUGGACAGACGCACCCCCCAAAUAUGAAGAACUGACGUUCUGACACACAAUCGACAAAAAGCCUGACAUGCUAACGGUAGAUGACGAGCAGAAAUAUUGUUAGGAUGUUUAUUUUAUUUCACUUUGCAAUCGGCAACUUAUGACUUUUAAAGACCGAAGUUUCAGCGUCAUUGAAAUACAGAAUGUUGAUUGUUUUCCACGUAAUCAUUGAUUUGCCUACUUUUUGGCACAGAUGUAUUAAUCUAAUUCAUUGAUAUGCCGCCAAGAUCUUUUAUCAAAGUUCAUUCCCAUAUUUAUCUUACUUAUAUAUUUUUCUUUUAAAUGUAAGCGUUCACUAAGUUAAUUUUUUUGGUAUUGCAUAGAUAUUUCAAAUCAUUUGCGGCAUGGUUAUAAGUGUUCCAUUAGAUUUAAGUCACUUGAUCAAAAUGUAUGAGAAAUCGGGCCAUGCGGUACCGUGACACUCUACACUCGCUUUGCUAGUGAAUUGUUAAGAGAGUGGAGUACAAUAAGGACUUUUUUAGUCAUGAAUUGGAUCUAUCAAAUGAACAGACAAAUAACUGAUAAUAAUGUUUCGAUGUAUAAUGAUUAAAGAAGAGAGUAGCGUUCCAACGUAAUACAUGUUGGUGUGAUACAUAUAUCACUUUAUUGAAUUAUAUUCAGACAAACUAAGUAAGAGAAAAUCAUAUCUAAUUUUAUCAAACGUGUUGAAAAAUGGAUUGCAAUGUAUGUGAAUGCAAGUCUUCUAGUUUGUAUGAAGAAGUCGUCAUAAUAUUUUAAUAUAUGUCAUGUAUAAAUAAUAUUCAUGCAUUUUUUAAAAUUUUGUGUAUUACUGUAGGCUUUAAAAAUUAUGUUUUGCUGUGACAGUCCUUACUUUCUGGCAUAAUAAAGAAGAGCAUACCAUAUCUUUGUUUAGAUUGUUUGUACCGAAAUUUUCAAAUCACUUAAAUAUUGAUAGAGAAAUACAUAUAUUAUUUUGAUUCAAGUUUUUAUAAAAUGUUUUGUUGAAUAAAACAAUUUCAUGGUACCUAAAGCCAUUUAUAUGACAAUACGUCACAAGAUAUGGAUGGAUAUUUAAAUGUUUUGUUGAAUUGUUUAUAUCAUAUUUUAUUAUAUCAAUGAUUUUAUUUGAAUAAAUCAUAUUUCUUUCA